AUGUCCAGAAUAGUUUUAGGCGCUGUGUGUCUGAAUGAGUAAACAAGGAAGAUGUAACGACAUACAGCAACGGGGAUCAGGAAUUGAGCGCUGAGCUCGAGCGUGGAGCCCCUUGUUUCAGCAAUGAAGGCAAUUCGCGCCGAGUGGUUAAAGAUGCUGGCAUCUCUGUACACACCAUUCAGUUUCUCGCCAGAUCUUCAGAACCAUUAUUCCUCCAACUCGAGUCAAUAUGGCCUCCUUGAAGUAUACCCCGAAGCAACAACUCACAGAGAUUCACAGUAGGUUGUCGCAGACCUUCCGUGAGGGCCGCACCCUCCCGUUGGGAUACCGCCGCAAGCAACUUCUGCAGGUCGCCCGCCUUGUUCAGGAAAAUUCAGAUGCUAUCAUGGCUUCCCUGAAAGCCGACAUUGGGAGGCAUCCUUUUGAGGCCACCCUCCCUGAACUACGUCCAAUAGUUUCAAGUGCCCUUCAUGCUGUCGAGAAUCUUGAUAAGUGGAGUUCUCCCGAGAAACCGCAAGUCGAGGCUUGGCGCAGUGGGUGGGACACAACCAUCUUCAAGGUGCCCAAGGGCACAGUGGUUAGCAUCAGUCCCUGGAACUUUCCGUGGGUGCUCACGAUUUUGCCGCUUAUUGGCGCAAUUGCUGCGGGUUGCACAUGCUUGAUCAAACCUUCAGAGCAUGCCCAAGCCUCUGCGGCCCUCAUGGCGAAACUAAUCCCGCAAUACCUUGACCCGGAUGCCUAUGCUGUCUGCCUCGGAGCCGUUGAAGAGACCACGCAUGUCCUUAGUUUGAAAUGGGACCACAUUUUUUACACGGGCAGUACGAGUGUCGGACGGAUCAUCGCAGAGGCAGCAGCAAAGCAGCUCACGCCGGUGACUCUCGAGCUCGGUGGACAAUCACCCGUCUUCGUCGACGGGGACAGCACGAACAUUGAGAUCGCUGCGAAGAGGAUUCUGUGGGGAAAACAACAGAAUGCAGGACAGGUUUGUGUCGCACCGAAUCAUGUUUUUGUGCAGGAACAACACCAAAGCGCACUUGUGGAGGCGUUCAGAAAAGCAUAUGACUCGUUCUGGCCAAUGGGUCCGCUUGACUCCUCUUCUGAGAUGGCUCGCAUGGUGAACGCUCGGCACUACGAACGCAACAAGAGUCUCUUGUCCCGAACCAAAGGAAAGGUCGUGAUCGGAGGACAAACUGGGCAGGAUCUUCGCAUUGAGCCAGCAAUUGUUACCGGUGUAAAAUUGGACGACCCAUUGAUGGAAGAAGAGAUAUUUGGUCCUAUUUUGCCAAUCAUCCCAGUUGCAAAUGUUGACGCCGCCAUUUCACACAUACAAUCUGGGUCUACUCCCCUUGUCAUUUACGUCUUCACGGAAAAUGAGGAGACAAAAAACAAAUUCGUAGAGCGCACCCAGAGCGGGCAGCUGAUUCUCAAUGAAACUUUCGCUCAGGUUGCUGUCUAUGAAAUCCCUUUCGGUGGUCAAGGGCAAUCUGGCUAUGGAUCAUACCUUGGGAAGUACUCUUUCGACGCCUUCACCCAUCAAAGAGGCUAUAUCAAUGUCCCCGCAGACGCAAGGACGGAAGGCUUCAUGCAGGGAAGGUACCCUCCUUACUCAGCGCCUGCACUUGCGUUCUUCUCCCAAGCACUCAAAGCGAAAAUUCCCGACGCUUAAUCCCUCUUUCAUGUUUGGAAAAUGUUAACAUCAUCAUGUCGACGUUAAAGUUAUCAUCUUUAGGGUGAUGCGAAGAAGGAAGUAUACCAAACCAAGCAAGCUGCAGUUAUACAAUGUUCAAUCGGUCUUGGGCCUCAAUACUCAUUAUUGUAGUUACAAGAAACAUGUGCAUUAACAAGUGUAACUACCAGGCGCAAGUAGAUGCAUUAAUCAAGUGUAACCUUAUCUUAGAAUGAGUCGUGUCUUGUGGCAUCACAUGAUUCACAUCACUCAUGUCCCUUCAUAUCAUUGAAGAGUGAGCCUAUACCGGUGAAUAUU